AAGACAACGCGUGAUAUCCCGCCAACUUGUUGUGCAAAGGCAAGAUUUCUGCAAUCCCAACUGUUUUUUCCACUUCUUCAAGACAGAAGCAAUGGUGCGAACAAAGGCAGACGGUGCGGGUAGAAAAGCUGCUGGAGCAAAAGCCCCACGUAAAGCCUUGUCUAGUAGUGGCACGUCUAGCUCAUCAUCCUUGGCAUCCCCAAAAGCAGGAAACAAAUAUGGUGGAGGUAAUGUGGCAUGUCCUAGACCGGUACCAGACUGGCAGAAAGGUAUAUCAAACUUCUUCCCGAAAUCACCAAUGGGAAAAGGGAAGGAGAACCAAGAGCCGGAUAUUGUGGAGAUUGGAGAAGGCAGUGGAGUGGGAUGCAGUUCAGAAGGAAGCUCUUCAUCAUCCAGCAUAGAUCAAGGGGGGGACACUCAAGAUGUUGAAGACGUUUGAGACGUGAAGGAUUUAUCUCCCUUGAUGAUGUUUUUACACUGAUGACAGUCCAUGCAGAACUGAUGGAUUUGACAUAGUCAUGCCAGACGAAACGUUUGCCGACCUUGACUGACGUGGUCAAAAUUUGGCAAAGUGAAACUGUAAGCUGAACAGGGACAAAUCAACUAGUUAUGAACUGGUUUUGCCUUUGAAACUGUCAUUUGCUACAACCACCAAAUAAGAAAGAUAUUUUAACUUUGUACAAAUUUUCAUACAUCAUCAUCAUAUCUCAGUAUCAUCUCUUUAUAUGUAAAUUAUCAUUCCUGUAUUGUAAUAAAGAUGAUAAAAAUAAGUUGA